AACCAUCCGAGUCUAAAUUACAAACCCUGGCCCUGAUUUUGAUCACCUAAACCCUGUAAGCCAGUGCUAGGGUUUCUUCUGCAACGAUUCUUGUUUCUCCAUCAUCUUACCACUGUGAAAACCCUAAUUUUGUAUCUCUAAACCCUAAUCUUGGCCUUUAGCCAUUUUCGGCAAUGGAGCCUUCUUCUUCCUCAAACUCAGCGAGAAUGGCUCAACAAACAUGGGAGCUCGAGAAUAACAUUGUGAACAUGGAGUCUCCUGGCGCCAAUGACUCUGAUUCUAUCUAUUUCUAUGACGACGCGGCUCUGACCAAGAUUCAGCAAGAGAAGCCAUGGCAAUCCGAUCCCCAUUACUUUAAGAAAGUGAAGAUUUCAGCGCUAGCUCUGCUGAAAAUGGUGGUCCAUGCCCGAUCUGGAGGGACGAUUGAAGUCAUGGGGUUGAUGCAAGGGAAGAUUGAGGGUGAUACGAUUAUUGUUAUGGAUGCCUUUGCUCUCCCAGUUGAGGGGACUGAAACUAGGGUUAAUGCUCAGGCGGAUGCUUAUGAGUACAUGGUCGAGUAUUCUCAGACAAACAAGCAGGCUGGACGUUUGGAGAAUGCAGUUGGAUGGUACCACUCACAUCCAGGUUAUGGAUGCUGGCUUUCUGGCAUUGAUGUGUCAACUCAGCUGACAAACCAGCAAUUUCAAGAACCAUUUUUGGCAGUUGUUAUAGAUCCAACAAGGACUGUUUCUGCUGGAAAGGUUGAGAUUGGUGCUUUUCGCACAUAUCCUGAAGGAUACAAACCCCGUGAUGAGCCUGUCUCAGAGUAUCAAACUAUACCUCUCAAUAAGAUUGAAGAUUUUGGUGUUCACUGCAAACAGUAUUAUGCAUUGGAUAUCACCUACUUCAAGUCCUCACUCGAUUCCCACCUUUUGGAUCUUCUAUGGAACAAGUAUUGGGUGAAUACCCUAUCGUCUUCACCCCUUCUGGCAAAUAGAGAUUAUGUUGCUGGCCAAAUUUCAGAUCUUGCGGAAAAGCUAGAACAAGCCGAGAAUCACCUUUCCCAUUCACGCAUGGGUUCUUUCCUUGUGCCUCCACUACGAAAGAAAGAGGAUGAUUCUCAACUUGCAAAGAUAACCCGUGACAGCUCGAAAAUAACAGUCGAGCAGGUUCAUGGGCUCAUGUCACAGGUUAUCAAGGACACACUCUUCAAUUCAGUUCAUCAGGCUUCUAGGAUGCUACCAAUCCUGACUGAUCUGUCGGAUCCCGAGCCCAUGGUUGAGACAUGAUGUCAGAGGAAAAGGAGUGACAAGGAGUAUCAUCCUGUACUCAUGUUACAUACUCUUUAUGGCGUUCAACUUAGACUGUAGAGGGUUUUUGGGACCUGGUAGAGCUGAAAUCCUUUUUCCUGGUUUCAUUUUGGGGGGCGAUGGAGCCCUAAGCGCUACUGUUUUUUUUGCAGUGCAUUUUGAGCUUUGACAAAAAGUUAUCUGAGAGUUGUCCGUCUUUGAGGGGUCUUAUAAUUAUCUUUCAUCGGCCAGCACUGUAAUGAAAAAAGAACACCCUCUCUGUACUCUCUCUCUCUCGUGCAUUAGACUGUUAAUCUGUGUUAUAGAAAUUUGGAAACCAGUGGAUGAACCUAGAAAAAGAAUGAAGCUUGUAAGACAGCAUCAAUUGCAGUGGCUUGUGCUGGAUUCUUGUAAGCCUACUAUAGGAAAAAAAUGUUAAAAAGUGAUUCCUAUUCUCAUC